AUGCUACAAACUUCUUCUCAUUCCUCUUUCUGGCUUCUUCUUCCCCUACUCCACUAUCAACUCCUUCAAUCGCUAAUCACGCACCCUUACAUCGUAUGCAUGUUCGUAUUAGCUAAUGCUGUGAUCCAAUAACACACCAUUUUUUAAAUCCCAUUUCUAAUUUCUUCACAAUCAAAACACACAAUAAUGUCGGGGAAUGAUUCCCUUCAGGGCUUUCUCGCCGCUGCUGUCGAUGCCGCCAAGAAAGCCGGACAGUUGAUCCAGGAGAAAUUUUACCAGACCAAACAUGUCGAACACAAAGGAGAGGUGGAUUUGGUUACUGAAACUGACAAAGCUUGUGAAGAUCUUGUGUUUAGUCAUCUCAAGCAGUGUUUCCCAUCGCACAAGUUCAUUGGAGAAGAGACUAGUGCAGCUUAUGGUACUAUGGAGCUGACUGAUGAGCCCACAUGGAUUGUUGAUCCCAUUGAUGGAACUACGAACUUCGUUCACGGAUAUCCUUUUGUUUGUGUCUCAAUUGGUUUAACUAUUGGCAAAGUUCCAACAGUUGGUGUUGUAUUCAAUCCAAUCAUUGAUGAGCUUUUUACUGGUAUUCGUGGACAAGGUGCUUAUCUCAAUGGGAAAGCCAUUAAAGUAUCCUCCCAAGAUCAACUAAUCAAAUGCCUUCUGGCUAGUGAGACUGGAACUUCACGUGAAAAAUCAACAAUCGAUGAUAUUACUGGCAGAAUUAACAGGCUUCUCUUUAAGGUGAGAUCUCUUAGGAUAAAUGGAUCGUGUGCAUUAAGUCUCUGUGAUGUUGCCUGUGGAAGAAUCGAUCUAUUUUAUAUAAAUUGCUAUGGAGGUCCUUGGGACGCAGCUGCUGGCGCUGUAAUCUUAACGGAAGCUGGAGGAUUAGUCUAUGACCCAUCUGGUAGAGAUUUUGAUAUCACAGCUACGAGACUUGCUGCUUCUAAUCCACUUCUCAAAGAGACAUUUGUUGAAGCUUUGGCACAUCCUUGAUCAGAAUAUACCUGUAUUGACAACAAUAGGUACCAAUUCCACAACUUCAAGGCAAUCAACAAGUUAAUUUAAUGUUAUAAUCGUUAGCUUAUCUCUUGAAUUGUUGUAUGAUUAAAAUUCAAUCCUAGAGUUGAAACUUGAAAUUGUCUUUGAAACUCUUUUUACGUGUGGGGAAUCCAAACUAGCACCAACCUUUUUGUUGUUAACACAUCUAUAUGUCGGUUGAGUUUUGCACGUUUUGGUGUGUCUUUAAAAUUAAAA